AUUCCAUCUCCGAAUCCCCCUCUUUCCCUCGUCUACAUCCCUUCUCUCCUCGAAGUAUCCUCUCGAAAUCCCGUCAUCAUGAAGCUCAUUCUCUCCUCCUCAAAUAUCAUGAUAAGCGGCGAGACUAUCAUCCGCCAUCCCACCGAAAAGUCCAACGUCGAACUGAUCAACUCCCUGCGCACAAACUUCCAAGCCGCCCAACACGCUGCAGACCCCUCCAGCGACCGUCCUCCCUACACCACCUGGACCAAACAAGGCGAUAAUGCCCUAUACAUCCCCGCGACCGAUUUCGCGCACGGUCUCUCCGAAGAGCGCUCCCAAUACGACAUCACCGUCAAACUAUUCUACCUUCCGGGCAUCCCUGCCUCCCGGCGCUGCGCACACACCCGCGAAGCCAUCGAUCUCGUUCUCAAAGAGCUGCACGUCGACUCCAUCGACCUGCUGAUUGUCUCUUUCCCGGGCAUCCUCUUCGACGCCGACGACGACAGCGACGAAGAAGUUUCCUCCGACAAUGGCAGUGAAGAACCCGAUGACUUUGACAGCAUGAUCCAAACAUGGCGCACCCUGGAGGGUCUGCAGGAGCAGGGCAUGAUCUCACAGUUGGGCGUCGCGGAAUUCGGAAGCGAACGGCUCGCCCGGUUUCUUCCCCACACGAAGGUCAAGCCGUCUGUCGAUCAGAUCAAUCUGAAGGAUUGUUGUGUCGUGCCUAAGUCGCUGAUUCUCUACGCAAAGCAAGAGCACAUUCAAUUGCUGACGCAUAACGACUGCAUGGAUAUCUUGCCUGUCGGCACGACUCGGGACCUACUUGGGCCUGGGGAAAAGGGCGCGGGGAUUCUGGCCUCGUCGCCGGAUGCGCUGGACGGUAUCCAGGGCGAUAUCGAGCCGCAGUGGGUGGUCAAGUAUACGGCUGUGGUGAAGGAUCGGGGGGUGGUGGAGAAUAAGGGAUAUUUUGCGCUGGCGGAUGUAGGCAGCUGCGUGGAGAGAUCGUAACCAUCCUCCUCCUUCUUUAUCUCCUUUCUUCGUCUGCUCACUACAUGAUUACACCCUCGCAUGGAUAAGCACGGCUGGCGUUAUUCGUUCUGUUCAUUUCAUUCCAGUUCUACUUCUAAAUCUUCUCUUCAUAUACAUAACGACUCAAUGACAAGCACAUUCACC